UCUGCAUUACCUUACAUUUCAAUCUUGGAAUUUCAUGUUUAUUCAAAGUUUGAUUCCAUUUACAGUCCUAACACGCUAACAAUUUGUUCUAAUGGCAACUCUAAGUUCCCGUAGAUUCACGUACGAUGUGUUCCUCAGCUUUAGAGGGGAAGACACGCGUUAUGGUUUCACCGGUAAUCUAUACAGAGCUCUCUGUGACAGGGGACUUCACACUUUCAUCGAUGAUGACAAACUUCAAAGCGGAGACGAAAUCACACCAGCACUUCUGAAAGCAAUUGAAGAGUCUAGGAUUGCCAUCGUUGUACUCUCUCACAACUAUGCUUCUUCCUCCUUAUGCUUGGAUGAACUCACAACAAUCCUUCACUGCCAAAGUGAAGGGCUGUUGGUUAUACCAGUGUUUUAUAAGGUGGAUCCUUCUUAUGUCAGACACCAGAAAGGUACCUACGAAGAAGCAUUGGCUAAGCAUCAAAAGAGGUUCAAAGCGCAGAAGGAGAAGUUACAGAAAUGGAAGAUUGCUCUGCGUCAAGUUGCUGACUUCUCUGGCUAUCACUUCAAAGAUGGGCAUGAAUACCAGUACGAGUUUACUGAGAGAAUUGUUGAACGGGUUUCCAGGGAGAUUAAUCGUGCUCCUUUACAUGUUGCGGAUUACCCAGUUGGCCUACUGUCACAGGUGCUGCAAGUCAAGAAACUUUUGGAUGUUGGAUCGGAUGAUGUUGUCCACAUGAUAGGGAUCCAUGGAAUGGGUGGGUUAGGAAAAACAACACUUUCUCUAGCAGUUUAUAAUUUGAUUGCUGAUGAUUUUGAUAGUUCAUGUUUUCUUCAAAAUGUAAGAGAAGAAUCAAAUAAACAUGGGUUAAAACACCUCCAGACCGUCCUUCUUUCUGAACUACUUGGAGAGAAGGACAUCAACUUAGCAAGUGUGCAAAGAGGAAUUUCAGUGAUACAACAAAGGCUUGGUAGAAAGAAAGUUCUCUUGAUUCUAGACGAUGUUGACAACAGAAAGCAGUUACAGGCAUUUGCUGGAAGAUCUGAUUGGUUUGCUCCCGGCAGCAGAGUUAUCGUUACCACUCGGGACGAACAGCUGCUAAAAUGUCAUGAGAUUGAAAGAACUUAUGAGGUGAAGGAAUUGAAAAAGAAUGAUUCUCUUCAAUUGCUUAUAUGGAAUGCUUUCAAAAGGGAAAAGGUCGAUCCAAGUUACGAGGACGUGUUGAAACGUGUAGUGACUUAUGCUUCUGGUCUUCCAUUGGCUUUAGAAGUAAUAGGUUCCAACUUGGUUGGAAAAAGUGUAGAAGAAUGGGAGUCUGCGAUUGAACAUUACAAAAGAAUUCCAAACGGUGAAAUUAUAGAGAUACUUAAAGUAAGCUUUGAUGCUUUGGGGGAAGAAGAAAAGAAUGUCUUUCUUGACAUCGCCUGUUGCUUGAAAGGAAUUAGUUUGAAAGAAGUUGAACAAAUACUUGGUGUUCUUUAUGAUAACAACAUGAAACAUCACAUUGGGGUGUUGGUAAAAAAAUCUCUCAUAAAGGUUGGGCGUGAAAGGUUUAAUGUAAUUGAAAUGCACGACUUGAUUGAGGACAUGGGUAGACAAAUUGACCUGCAAAAGUCACCCAAAGAGGUAGGGAAGCGCAGGAGAUUAUGGUUAGGGAAAGAUAUCAUUCAUGUUUUAAAAGACAACAAGGGAACUAGCGAAACUGAAAUCAUAUGCCUGGAUUUGUCUAUAUCUGAAAAAGAAGAAACGAUAGAAUGGAAUGCCAACGCCUUCAGAAGGAUGAAAAACCUUAAAAUACUUAUCAUUAGAAAUGGUAAAUUUUCCAAAGGUCCCAAUUAUUUUCCGGAAAGUUUGAGAGUACUGGAAUGGCAUGGAUACCCUUCAAAUUGUUUACCAUCAAAUUUUGAUCCGAACAAGCUUGUGACAUGCAAGUUACCUCACAGUUAUUUUACGUCAUUUGGAUUCCUUGGCUCAUCAAAGAAGUUCGAGAAUCUAACUGUCUUGAAUUUUGAUGAGUGCAAAUUUUUAACACAGACACCCGAUAUGUCUGAUUUCGGAAAUUUGGAGGAAGUUUCAUUCAAAGAUUGUGAGAGUUUAGUUAAAGUUCACGACUCCGUUGGUUUUAUGAGUAAACUUAAAAUAUUGAAUGCGGAAGGCUGCAUCAAGCUUAUGAGUUUUCCACCUCUCAACUUGCCCACUCUUGAAAGACUAGAACUUUCAUAUUGUUCGAAUCUUGAGAAAUUUCCAGAAAUACUAGGAAAGAUGGGAAACAUAAGGGUACUUGAAUUGGAGGAGCUUCCCAUUAAAGAAUUGCCAGUGUCGUUUCAAAAUCUUAUUGGACUCGAAGACUUAUUCUUGUCAUGUGAAAUUGUUCAUUUACCAAGUAGCAUUGCCACGAUGCCUAACUUGUUUGAUUUUAGUGUUACUAAUUGCAAGGGGUGGCAAUGGGUAAAAUCAGAAAAUGCUGAAGAUAACUUAGGCUCAGUGGUUCCUUCAAAGGUAGAUUGGUUUUCGGCCUUGUCUUGCAACCUGGAUGAUGACUUCUUUUCAGCAGGUUUCAUGCGGUUGGCACAAGUGCGUAGUUUAUUUCUACGGUACAAUAAUUUCACACACCUUCCUGAAUGCAUCAAAGAAUUUCACAACCUCUUCACUCUUGAUGUGAGUCAUUGCAAACAUCUUCAGGAAAUCAGAGGGUUUCCACCAAAACUAAAACUUUUCAAGGCAAUAAACUGUAUAUCCUUGACUUCCUCCAGCUUAAGCAUGUUGCUAAACAAGCAACUGCAUGAAGCUAGAAAAACUGAGUUCUGGUUUCCAGGAGCAAGUUUUCCAGAGUGGGUUGAUCUCCAGAGUAGUGGACCUUCUUGUUCUUUCUGGUUUCGUAAUAAGUUUCCUGCCAAAGUUCUUUCUCUUCUUAUAGCACCUGUGGGUGAUAAAGAUGAGUUUGGUUUCAUUAGACCUAUGGUGUUCAUUGAUGGCAAAGUUCAAGAAUCACGAGCCUUUUAUUUCGAGGAGAUAGAGAGGAUGUUUGAUUUCGAUCAAACAUACCUCUUUGAUCUACGAAAGCUACCAAUCUAUAUGAAUUUGUUUGACUUACCUUUAGAAAAGGAAUGGAAGCAUGUGAAGGUUACAUAUGAAGGUGUUAUAGAGACCUCAAUUGUUAAAGCAACAGGAAUCCAUAUAUUCAAAGAGGAAAACAGCAUGGAAGACAUUCGGUUUGAUGAUCCUUGUACCAACAACAAAUUAGACAAAGAUCUCAACGCUUCUCCAUCACAAAACCACUUGUUAAGAACCAUAGGUUUCUUCAUGUGCAAAUUUUUCAUAGGCCUUUUUCUUUUUCUUUUUGGUGCUUUUAUUUUUUAUUAUAUUUACCGGCCUCAGCACCAACCCAACUAGGGUAUGAGUGGAAUAUUUCCUUUUUUAUUAUAUAUAUA